GAUAACAGAAAAGCGCUUACCAGGUGCACAAACAGAAAGGGAGAUGCAAAAUGUUGAAGACUAAAAAUUCUGAACCAGUUUAAAAAUGGAGUUCAGAUUUGUGGCACCUGCAAUUAUCAUUACUUUAACAAGUUGCUGCGCUCAACCAGCCUUGGAAGAGUUUGCAUCUUGGACUUUCCUUGACUUUGAAAACAACUCAGCGGCUGAUUAUGUGCCAGAAAAUAACGUUUUCACUGGAAUACAGGUUUCAAAAGAAAGAGUGUUUCUAUCGCUACCCAACCUCCGGCGUGGACAACCCGUGACCCUGGCCACAAUCCCCGCGACCUCUGCAGGCAUCAAAAACCCUCUCCUCAAACCGUUCCCAAACUGGCAGUGGCAAAGAGGAAGCAAGGACAAUUGCCACUCGUUGGUGUCCGUUUUCCGUACCAGGCUGGAUCCCUGCGGUCGCCUGUGGGUUUUGGAUUCUGGCUCGGUUAAUGUGAUGGUUCAGUCUGAGCAAAUCUGCCCGCCAAAACUGCUCACUUUCGACGCUGAGUCCGGAAAGGAACUCGACAGGGUCGUCAUUCCCGAAAAACUGCUCGGAUCGGACUUCCAAAUGGUCGCCCUCGCCUUGGACACGAAACACAGUGACCAGCUUUUGGAAAGUUGUGACCACACGGCCAGCAUGGUCGUUUACAUGAGCGCCAAUGUGGGCAACAUGGUCGUCUACGAGAGGAAAACGCGCCACUUUUGGCGGCACACACACCAAACUUUCAGUCCAGACGAAAAGCACGCAAAUAUCUCCAUUCAAGGUGAAAUUUUGAACAUGCCCGACGGAGUUUUGGGGAUGACCGUGGGUUUCUAUCGAGGAAGGAAAGUCCUUUUUUAUCAUCCGCUGGCUGGUCUGCAAAUCUACGCCCUGCCAGUCUCUGCCCUCCAACUUCAAAAAUCGCACCACCUGCGCCCUAUCAAGAUUUGGAAAAAGAGUUCUCAGGGCGCAGGGUUGAUCGUCAACAACCAGGGUCACCUCAUUUUCAGCCCUUUGAGUGAACUCGAAGUUUUAUCGCUGGAUUUUGAAGAGAGAAAAUUAGAAUUAUUGGCGCAAGACGCGGAAAAGCUGCAGUUUGUCAGUGACAUGGCAUUUAGUCCGAGCGGCGAUCUUUGGAUUUUGGCGGACAAAUUUCACGCGUACAUGAAUAUGAAGUUCAGCAAAAACGGCACCAAUUUGAGGGUGCUAAGAAUUCAGGGUGAAAAUAAGCCUCAACGGCACUGUAAAGACCUUUUUGUAGUCGACUGCAAGGGUUCCAAAUGCUUUUUUAAAUUAUUUCCGUGCAUUAAACGUUGAUUUAAAAUCUACACAUUUAAAAAAAAGAUGAUAAUGAACUUUUAUAAUUUUUACAUAUAAAAAUUAUACCACCUGCAACUAGAAUAAUGUAAUAAUUACAUAA